AUGGUCAUAGAUGCAACAAACCAACUAGUCUGUUUCCAGAAAAAUGAAAAUGUUGCACAACUUAAUGAAAGAGAACUCAAUAUGCUUCCUAUCAAUUGGUGCUUUUAUCGUCCUGGAGAAGCUGAAAAGAAAGGUGUCGGCAACUGGAAAUCGUGUGAUACAAGGGAGAUUUAUUAUAGUUUUCACCGUGAUGAGGUUCCUGCAGAGUCGGUUAUGCAUAAGUCUGUGGUGUACUUUGCUCCCUUAAACAAACAGUUUCCGAAACGUAAGCAACAUCCUGGCUUUAUUGUACAAAAGGCGUAUGACCCUUUGGAAAGGAAACUCUGGAAGCUGACUGAUAAGGACUUUGAAGAUGUUCAACAGCAAGAAAUUGAUGAGCUUGUUCAAAAAACUCAGAAACGCAUCGACGAGCUACUUGACAUUGAGCCUGAAGAAGCCCCUCCUGCUGAUCAGGAGAAGGUGAUGAAAAAUAAAAGAAGUUCAAGGAGAAAGAGCAUUUCACCCAUUGAUGUUUCAAGGGAGGAGGAACGCAUUUCAAAGAGUGACCAACAUUCAAAGCCCGAAACACCAAUGAGUUUUGUAAGUAAUAACUCAGAGCAUCAUCGCAUAUUAGUGAAUUUCAAUGCACUAACUGGGAACAUAAAUCGUGACAAAUGGUUGGAGAGGCUGCUUCAACAUAUUCGGUGCGGGUGUAAUUAUGAUGAGGGUGUAGAAAAGGGAAAUGGAUCAGGAAAUGCUGAUUAUGAUGAAAUAAAAAACAACAACAAUGAUAAAACUUCAGAAACAGCAAAAGACUGUCAAGACAAGGGUCAGAAGAGUUCCAAGUCUUUUGUGUGGCCAGAUGCGGCUGUUUCAGCCAUAAUUUCUUUUGAGAAAGCUUCCAACGAGGCCUUUUCAACAGAGUUUCAGAAGUACAACCAAAAGCUACGACAAUUGGAUUUUAAUCUCAAGAACAAUGCAUUGCUAGCACGCCGUCUGCUUAAUGGAGAGUUGGAACCUUCUAAAAUUUUGAAUAUGACACCCAUUGAAUUGAUUGCUGAGGAAUUAACCAAGAAGGAGCCUGAUGUGAAACAACACAUGCAAAUGACAGAUGCCCGCUGCUCAAGAUGCACAGAGUUUAAGGUGGGCUUUAGGGAGAUUAUCCAUGUUGGACACAAUGACAAUUAUCAGCUGGAAUGCGUUGCCUGUGGUAAUUCCUGGUAUGCCUUUCGGGAUGAAGUUUCUACACUGACCAUAGAUGCAUUGGACUCGAAGAGAACCACGGGCACAACACCAUCAGCUACCGCAAAAUUUGAAGAUGUUCAGAAAAAGCUUGGGAGCCCCUGUGAAUCUGAAAACACAGCUGAUGGCAUCUGUAAGAAAGCAGGUGAACCACAAACCCUUGAACAUCUGUGGAUGAGAGAAGGCGGGGAAGCAUUUGCUAAACUGAUUAAUAGUGUUGUUCUAUCCAUAAUGAAACAAUUCAGGGCAAUGAAUAACUUCAAGAAACUUUCAUUGAAGGUUAUGGCUGAAAAUAUAUCAGAAGAAGAGAUUAAAGGUCUCAAGGCAAUGGUUAUGCUUUUUCUAGUGUUUGCUGUGGGAAAAACUGCCCUGUGUGGAAAUUCAGAGGCGCCUACGUCCGCUGUACCCGUCAAUGUAUGUGAGAAAGUUGAUUUUUCAAAUUCUGAAGUUUGUGUUGCAAGUGACAAUUUGUUAUUCAAGCAAUGGAAUCCGGGAACAAUAUCUCCACUCUCAUAUUUAUUUUCGAACCUUGAGGACAAGGUUCAAGUGAACCCCGCGGCAAUGAUAGAAGGGUAG